CGCCCCCUUGCCGCAUCGUCACACAUCAUGACGGGGAAAAAACGCAAAAGUAUGUUUAAAAAAAGAAACAGCUGUAUUUCUUUCGAUUAGUCGUGAAAUCAGCUGUGAUCCACUCAGCAGACUUUCCCAUCUUUCAUGGUUCAACUUGAGAUCAUCGUCUUCCCUUUUUCUUCUUCCUUAUUUUCAUUUUUGCUCAGCCCAGAAGAGGAAGAGCAACUUGUACAACCCUUUCGGCUUUUUUUUACUCUCCACAAAUUUCUUCUGGUUCCUUCACUGUUACCAUGAUUUUUCCGCACGCAAAUGUCUUGUUGGUCUUACCGCUUCUGACAGUUGAUGUGACUCAAUGUUCCUUGGAUUUGGAGGACGCAGUGGAGAUGAUGGACCUAGUGCGCUACUCACCGUUGCCGUGUGCCAUGCGUGGCUCCACCGUGACGUUGCUGUGCUCCUUCACGCCCAGCAGGCCAGUGGUUCGGGUGUUUUGGUGCGUCAAUCACCUCAUCUGUCACAGUGGCGUGCCGUCUGUGUAUGACAGCCAUGAGCCGUCAGUUGACUUGCGCUACCAAUACCUGGGGGACUUGCAGCGAAACUGCACGCUGCAGAUUCACGACAUCAGGAGGAAAGACAAUACCUUCUUCAGAUUCCGAAUGCAAUUCGAAGAGCACAUGACACGUUUCACCGGCCUCCAGGGCGUGUUCGUCACCGUCGUUGAUGGCGAUCCGAUGAGGGUGGAAAGCUCCGCCUCCGACCGCGUGAGCAUGGGCGCUGCGGUGAAGUUGAGUUGCGUCUCCAACUGUUCCUUCCACGGUCUGGCGGUGAGCUGGCAUCGAGACGGCCACGCUCUCCCGGAGUCCGGCCCCACCCUCUGGCUGACAGCGGCACAGUCAGCCAACUAUACUUGUGGCCUGGCUGCCCGCAACACCACCAUGUCGCCGCCCUUCUGGCUGAAUGUGGAGCAACACCAACCAGUCUUUCGCAUGUCGAUUUUCUUUCAAGACGGACAUUUUGCCGUGACUCUCGGCAAUUCCCUCCGCCUGCUGAUGGUGCUGCUCGGCGUCGUUCCGAUCGUCUUCAUCCUCGUGAAAUGGAGGAAGUGUCGGCCGGCGUCUCGUCACGAUGGCAAACACGCGGGACGGGACCAGAAGGGGUGUGAACCCGUGUACAUGAACGCGACGGCGUGUGCUGAAGAAAGGCGGCCCAGACAAACAGGAAGCGGGCCUGAGCGCAAAGCAAGUCCAUAAUGGCGUCAGCGUCAUGACGCUGUGAGCCUGCCUGAUAGUGUUUAUGAGUUUUCACAGCUGCUGUCGGUGAUGGGCGGAGCUUCCCACACACACCUGUGCUGCUCUGCGUGUGUCAAUUGCUUCUGCUGGCUUUGAGGAGGGUGGGACUUUUCCGAAUUGCAAUUUGGAAAAGUGCACUGCAACGGCCCUUUGAAAUGGGAGUUGCGGGUUGCAAAGUCGGAAAAAAAAAAGGACCCGGAGUUCGACAACCGACUUCAACGUGACAUCACUCGACAAUGGCGACCCAAGGGAGACACAGACUGUGAAUGGCAAAACAUCAUUUAAAAGAUUAGAAACCUAUAUUACAUAUAAAAAGGAAAUUAUGAAAAAGGUUUGCUGAAUGUGUUGUGCUGAAUCAAUGCAGUUGAUUUUUCCAAAUCAACUUUAUUGAUUACAUUAGCAUGCGUCAUUUCGUUUUUUGUUCCUCUUUCUGCUUGUGUCAUACAGAUAGCGGUGUUAACCCCGCCCCCCUCCCCCAUUCGGUUAAGUACUUUUUUCCUCCCCUGACAGCUUCAGGCUCCUUUUGCACUGUGCCAAUUUGCUGUAUCUGUUUAAAUUAUUGUUUUUGUGGGGGUAGGGGUUUUUUUUUUUGUGUCAUUGUUGUUCAAUAAAAGCCUUGCGCAAUCACCAAAACUU